AUGGAAAGAGAAAAGAGUGAAUCCUCUGUAGCAGCCAAUCUCAGCGAUGAUCCAGAGGAUGUUGAAGGCAGUAUUGAAACCGAUGACCAGAUACUUACUUUAAAAGACAAGUUGCGUUUGAUAUUUGGUAUCCAUUGGCGUGGAAUAGUUAGCCUGGUUGUGCCACUGAUAUUAGUACCAAUACAGCUUUCGUUUCCACCAGAGAAAUAUCAGUGGUGUGCAUACACUCUGGUGGUGAUGGCGGUGUUUUGGGUCACGGAAUGUAUACCGUUAGCUGUGACGUCAUUUUUGCCGCUUGUUAUAUUUCCACUGACUGGCAUUAUGAGUACAGCUACUACAUGCGCAUGCUAUAUGAAUGAUACUAUAAUGAUGUACUUGGGAAGUAUGUGGUUAGCUUACGCAGUGGAGCAAUCCGGUUUACAUUUGAGGCUAGCACUUUGUGCGAUCCGCUGGGUUGGCUACUCUCAUUACAAAUUAUUAUUUGCGAUGUCUUUCAUCACGAUGUUUAUAUCAAUGUGGAUCACAAAUACAGCCGCUACCUCUAUGAUGGUGCCGAUCAAUUUUGCCUUAUUAAAAGUGUUUGAAGAUCAAAAUUUGAUGAAGAUCUACGACACUGUGAACGGUGAAAAUGUUGCAUCUGACAUAACUACCUGUUACUUUUGCGCGGCUACAUAUUCGGCAACUAUUGGUGGAGUUGGUACUCUCGUUGGAACAGCUACUAAUUUAGUAUUUAAAGGAUUGUUCUCAAAGUUAUAUCCAGAGGCACCAGAAUAUUUAUCAUUUCCCAAAUUUUCCGCAUUCGCUAUUCCAUAUAUGUUAAUAAUGGAAUUUUGCGUCUAUUUAUAUCUUGUUAUAUUAUACUUUGGAUUCUUGAGACCAAACAGUGCAGCUGCCAGAAAUACUGAAAUGCCCCCUGAAGGGAUAGAAGCUGCUAAAAAAGUUGUCGCAGAGAGAUAUAAAGCUUUAGGUGGUAUUACAUUUUGGGAAAUACUUGUAAUUGUAUUGUUCAGUUUUGCAAUACUGCUGUUUUUUAGUCGGUCGCCUCAAAUGUUUACUGGUUGGGGUGAUGCUAUGCAGGAUUAUUAUAAAAUCAAAGAUAAAAAAUUCAUACAAGAUUCUGCAGCGGCCACUUUAGUUGUGUUUCUAAUGCUGCUUUUGCCAUAUUCACUGAGGUUUUUCGAUAAUUGCAAAGCGAAAGAACAUGGCGACUUACCAGAAAAUAGCAUACCAUCGGUUCUCAACUGGAGACAAGUGAAUGAUGUCAUGCCUUACAGUUUUAUGUUUCUUUUAGGUGGUGGCUUUGCACUUUCUGAAGCGGCGAAAAAAGAAUAUACAGAUUUAAAUGGACAGAUUGGAUUGAUUUUGAAAAAUUUUAAAAGUUUACCAAACUAUUUAAUUAUUCUCUUUGUGAUCUUAUUUACCAUAUUCAUUACAAACUUUGCAUCUAAUGUGGCCGUUUGUAACGUUAUCACCCCAAUCGCCAUGCAACUGGCAAAAGAAAUCAACAAUAAUCCCUUGUGGUACAACAUAGCUGCAGGCUUUUCUUCCUCAUAUGCCUUUUGUUUGCCCGUGGGCACUCCCGGAAAUCUCGUAGUUCAGAGUGCUGCAAAUAUACCAACAUCGAAAAUGGUCAAAGCUGGAAUUGGACCAACGGUGACAACAACAAUUGUAUCGUGGCUUUUCAUUUGUUUUUGGGCCCCUGUAGUGUGGCCAGAUUUAAAAAUGUUACCUGACUGGAUUCAAUAA